CCAGACGGAAGAAACGCACUGUAAAAGAUGAAAGUAAAGUUGGAUUUAUAGUUUGACGUAGCGUAGACGUAGACGUAACGUAGACGCACUGGAAAAGUUCAACACCGAGUUUUGUGUACUCUUGUUUAUAAAUGAACGCAAGCGCCUGACGGAACAUAAGAGAAACGUAACGUAACGGAAGAGAUGACCAACUUUCAUCUUUUACAGUGCGUUUCUUACGUCGGGCCAAUCAAAAUAAAGAUUUUUGUGCUGUCGUGCUGUCAACCGCUGUCAACUAAAUUCAAAACUCAACUGUCCGGCCGGCCAUUUCCAUUUUGUUUUGUUUAUCAACAAUCAACAGUUCCUACAAUUUUGUUAUUAUUUUGUGUUAUCUGUUAUAAUGGACGACAAAAUUGAGAUGCUAAUUGGCUUAAUUCGGGGUUAUCCACACCUUUAUGAUAAAUCAAACAGAAAUUUCAAGGACCAGCACAUGAAGGAAAAUAGUUGGAAGAAAAUAGCAGAAGGAGUUGAAAUGACCGUAAAAGAUUGCCAGAGACUUUGGUUGAAUCUUAGAAAUAAGUAUGGAAGGGAAAAAAAAGCAUUGCCUUCUGGUUCAGGAGCUCCUGCUACUCCACAAUGGGAGUACUUCGAUUCCAUGUCAUUUAUUAACAAAUAUGUCAAGCCAAGACAUACACAUACAAGAACAGCAGAAAUUGCACGGACUGUAAAUGAAUGUACUCAGCCUCUCAAGUCACCUGUGUUCGAGUCAAGCUGCUCCUCCAAUGCAUGGGCAAAUUCGACCAUAAUUGAGAGCAAUGCAGAUUUCCAGACACAGGGUGAUGACAUGUCUGAAUCUGAUCAAGCAAAUGAAACGCAGGAUGAAGAAAUGUAUGAGGAAAAUAUUGUGAUCCAGAUGGAGGAGGCCGAAGAUACAGAGGAAGUGAGACAUCCUGUACAUGCAGAAACAGCGAAGGUUGCUGAUAAAGGAAAAAAGAAAAAGACCAUAAAUGGACCUGACACAGCUGAAGUCAUUGAUGCAGCAAAGGCCAUCAGUCAGCAUUUAAAAAACCUGGUUGGUCAAGCCAAACAGCCAAAAACACCAUCAGAUAUCUUGGGGGAGUACAUUGCCAGUGUGUUAAAAGAGAUGCCUCCUGAGAAACAAAAAAGGAAAAGGAACAGACUUCUUGAAGUACUUCUUGAAGAUGAUUAACAUCUGAAAAUUCUUCCAAUUACUUCUUCUAUCAUGUUCCUUCUUCAUCCUCCCGUUCGAUCGCCCUCUGUGCCUCUUCUUUGUGCAACAAGGAUUACUCCUGUUUGUCUGCCUCUUAUUCUGUUUCAGUUGUUGUUGAUUGUAGAUUGCCUUUCCACCUUUUCGUCGCCCUUCCAACAGGUGUUCUGCUAUAUGGCUUGUUGUUUUUACAGAUGUUCGCUAAUCUAUCUGGUUUCAUUCGGUUUACAUAUUCGGUCCAAUUUUUCUUUCCUGUUUUUAUCCAUCUGUUAAUAUUUUGAAUUUGCAUCGUUCUCGUAUACCUCUGUCGCUUUGUCUGUAUCUUAAUGAUAUGCCCGCUAUUGAUCUUAAUACUUUCAUUUCAAUAUUGUUUAUUUGUUGUUUCGUUUUUCUUGUAUCGGUCCUUGUCUCUGCUGCAUAUGUUAGGAUAGGUCUCACUGUUGUCUUGUAUACUUUUAUUUUGCUUUCCUUGGUCAGAUAUUUGUUUCUCCAUAUGGUUUCUCGGAGGCAACCACUUACUCUUGCUGCUUUUGUUGUUUGUGUUGUGGUCUCUGUUCUUAUAUUCGUGUCACUAGUGAUCUCUACUCUUAGGUAAUUGAAUUUCAUUACUUGUUCUACAAUUUUGCCAUCUAUUUCUAACUUGCAUCUAUGCUGCUCUUUACUUAUCACUAUACAUUUAGUUUUUUCUACGGAUAUUCUCAUAUUAAGUUUGUUUGCUGUGUUAUUGAAAGUCUGGAGCUGCCUUUGUAGGUCAUCCUUGUUAUCAGCAAUUAGUACUGCAUCAUCGGCAUAGCAUAGUAUCGUGAUUUUAUGCGCUCCCAUGUGGUAUCCAUGUCGUUUUCUUACUUCAUGAAUUAUUUGAUUCAUCACCAUAUUGAAUAACAAUGGGCUGAGCGAGUCUCCUGUGACCUAGGUAUAUAUACUCUUCGACACAUUUGAUCUCACUUUCAUUAAGUCGAUUGUGAUAUCUUGAUUUGCCAUCACUUUUGUUUUAUUUAUUUAUACUGCACAUUUACAGCUUAAAUUCAUUUUUAAACCGACUUUCUUAGAUUCUUGUUUAAGCUCAUUUAGCAUGUAGGUUAGAUCUUCUGUAUUGUUACUAGAUUAGAUCUUCUGUAUUGAGUACUACUCAUACUUAGAUGAAUUAAAAAUCUGUCAUCAAUUUUAAUUCCUCGUUCCUAAUUUAACUUCUGAUCUUUCGUUGAUUUGUUAUGUAGUCUCAAAGGCUUACGUUUAGCAUUACACAUUCUAUGGCUAAUUGUGUAUCUCUGGCAUUUGUUUGCCGAUUUUUGCGUCAGUGUUCUCUGCUCCAUAAGUUUGUACAGGCCAAACACAUUGGUUAUAAACCUUUCGCUUGAGAUACAUGGGAAUUGAACUUUUUAGAAUAUGGCUUAGUUUCCCAAACGCUGUUGCCCAUGUAAGGCCUAUUUGCCUCUGUGUAUCAUGUGUUUGAUUGUCUCUGCUUAUUUUGAUCUUGUGUCCCAGAUAUUUGUAAGUGUCUGUUUGGUUUGUAUUGUAUUAUUGUCAAUAGUUAUAUUUCCACUCAUUACGAGAUUUGUCAUAAGUUUAGUUUUCUCAAAGUUUAUUUUUAAUCAUGAUCUCUCAGACAGAGUUUUAAGCGAAUGUAUCGUAGAAAUUGUAUCCGCCUCUGUAAGUUAUCUGUGCUUCAUACAACAUCCACAAACCUCAGAUGAUUUAAUCUCUCUCCAUCUAUAUGCAGAAUCCCGCUCGUUCAACAGGCUGGUUCAACUAUCACAUUUAUUUGGAAAUAAAUUGUAUAAUUAUAACAAUAAAUAAUAGAUAGUGAAUUUUA